AUGAGAGAGAGAAAGAGAGAAAGCGGGUCGGACCGGAUCCAGCCGGGCCGGCGAAAUGGAAGACCGGCGGCGGCAGCGAGACGCGCCGGGCGACCGCGCCGGGCUGCCGCGGCGGCGAGGAAGAGCGGCUGUUGCAGCCGGAGGAGCAGGUUCGCCGACGACGAGGGCGAGGGCGGCGGCGGAGGAUCCGCUGGGGGAGACCCGAUCGAGUGCUCGGGCGAGCGGUGCCGGUCGUGCACGGCCGGCGUGGUCGCGGACUGCGUGGCGGUGUGCUGCUGCUGCCCCUGCGCGGUGGUGAACCUGCUGGCGCUCGCGCUCGUCCGGGUGCCGUACAUGGUCGGGCGGAGGUGCCUGGCGCGGAGGAAGGGCGCGGCCGCGAAGGCGAAGAAGAAGAAGCGGAAGUGCGGGAGAGCGGCGGGAGGGGGAGGAGGGUCGAGCGAGAGGGAGAGGAUAGCGGAGGAAGGGAUGCGGGAGUCGGUGUACGGGUUCGGGUUCGAGGAGGGCUUCGGCGACGAGGUGGAGGCCGGAAGGUCGGCGUGGCUGGACCUGGACUUGUACGAGGUGGGUCAUCUGAGCUUCGGCAGAGUUUCCUUCACCGGGGAUCAGUUCCAGAGCAAGGGCAGUUGCAGUUGAAAGGAAUUUUGAUUCAUCCAUCGAAUUUUUUCACCUUGUAUUUCUUUGUUUCUCUUUUUUAUUACUGGGAGAACGUGAAGAGCAAUGCGUACGAUAUCUGGUUUCACUGCAAAGCCAAGAAUCCAUGGCGCCUUUGGUGUUUGGGGAAUUUUCUGGCGCAUGCAUUAAACCGCCGAAGAAGAAGAAGAAGAUGACGACCAUGAUGGAAGAGAGACCAGGAUUGGUGGGCUCGAAAGGUUUCCGGUCGUUAUUGGUUUGUGAUCCUUUUUGGAUCAUUUGCUCACUGGGGACUCUUCUUUCACGUUGUUGUACGCUGAAAUGAUGCAAUGUUCUUAACAAUUCUCGGGCUGUCACUGGUCAGAGAUUUAAAGGUACUUGGUUUUUGGCCCCUCUUUGACCGACUGUCUUUAGCUGCUCCCUGUUCGAGAAGAGGACACUGUGCGAUCCUUGCGGACGGAGAAAUUGAACUUGGGCCACGAUGGAUAUGCCUAAGCAGUGACACUGUGAGUGUUUUUUCUUUCAUCUUGCGAGCAGUACUAUCGUCCUCACUUGAAAAGAAACGAUCUUUAAUAUGAAAGGAUGAAGAAGUCGUGCGUCCUAGAAAGUACAAGAUAUCGUUUUUUUCUUUUCUUUUUCAAAACUAGUAUAUAGAUGAACUUAUGCUA